GGGGCGUGCGCUUCGCGCUCUCGGUUUGCGCGGGAAACUAUUUGACGCGAUUCGAUUACGUUCCAUAUUCAAAUACAGUUUAAAAAGUUAAAACGAGUUCCAUAAUUCAGUUUUUUUUUCUAAACUGCGUGGAGUUUGUGUUGUGAUUUUGUGAAAAAGUUUUUAACCAAAAAGUGCUAGUGAUAAAGUGAUUUUUGUUGUGUGCGUAAAAGCCGAAACGUGACAAAUGUAGUGAAAUAAGAAGUGAACCAUAAAAAUGACAAACAUUUAAAAUAAAAUGUUAAAGGAGAUCGUCCAUGCGAUCCUCCCACCGAAUCCAGAACGGACAUUUUCUGAUACCGACUGCAAAACAAGAUCAGAUUCCAAUGGAAAAAUUAUAGAAACAAAAAAUGAACGCACACAAUCAAAUAAGACUGUGGACAAUGCUAAAGCAUACAAGGUUAAAAUAAAAUUAAAACAACCUAGCAAACUUCCAAUGUUAACUGUGUGUCUCAUUUUUUAUGUUUGUUUUAUAAAUGUGAUAAUUAUGUGUGAUGUUAAUAUUAAUGAUGUAAAUAUGAAGACUUUUAAAGAAGCGAGGAAAGCACAUGACGUGCAUACGUUUAGAGAUAAAAAGUCAUGGAGAGGACAUAGGUUCGAAGAUAGAACGUGGCAUGGGAAGAACUACCGUAAGGGUAGGGCUUCACAAAGGGAAGAUGAAGAUGAUAAAGCAGAUAAAUACACGGUUCCUGAAGCCCCAGAACUCAAUAAGUAUUUAUACGAUUACUAUAGAAAUAAAGAAGACAUAAUCAAUGCAACUGAAAAGCCACAGAAUUUUCCUGCAAGAAAAUAUAAAUAUGACGAUGAACUAGCGGUGGGAUAUCCCCAUGAUCUCGCAUCGAAACCUUACUACGUGAAAAAGACAAAUUUUAACCUUAGACCAGAAAGGCAUGAAUUUCAUAGAAAGAUUGUUAAGUUGGGUGUCCUACUACCAGCUGAUGUGGACCAAACAUUUUCACUGGUGAAAGUUCUUCCCAUAUUGGAAAUGGCUGUUCAGGCGGUGACUAAGGCUGAUGGACCUUUACCAGGUUGGAAAAUCCUGGUAGAUUAUCGAGAUACUGGCUGUUCGUCGGUUGAAGGACCUUUGGCUGCGUUCGAAUUCUAUGUCAAUGGAUCUGCAGAUGCCUUCAUCGGUCCUGGGUGUGAGUACGUCAUCGCACCGGUGGCAAGAUACGCUGGCCAAUGGGGGAUACCAGUACUUACAGCAGGAGCUCAAGCCCAAGCAUUCACUUAUAAGAACCCCAGCUACGCCACCUUAACGAGAGUGAUGGGCAGCUACCUUCAAGCAGGAAUCGCCAUCCGCAAAAUAUUCGAGGAAUUCAACUGGCGCCGCCUGGCGAUGCUUUACCACAACAACGAUCCGUCCACCGGGCAAGGCAACAGUCCCUGUUUCUUAACACUCAGCGCCAUCUUCUCAGUCAUGACGAAGAAGGGAAACGAAAAUACCAUCCCGAAUAUACCCUUCGACGAAACCAACACCACUUCGACGAAGCUAAAACAGCUCUUGCAAAAAUUGUCUUUGAAUACUAGAAUUGUGGUGGUGUGCGCCAAUCCAAGUACAGUCAGGGAGAUAAUGUUGGCUGCUGAUGAUCUCAACAUGGUGUCUUCGGGGGAAUACGUGUUCUUCAACAUUGAGCUGUUUUCAAAUUUAGCAUCAGCAUCGUCCAAGGAGCCUUGGAAGGUGGCCAAUGACACGGAUGAGCGGAAUGAAAGAGCGAGACGGGCGUAUAGCUCUGUUCUCACUGUCACCAGUCCUGCACCUGAGAAGAAGGAGUAUUUGGAGUUUUCUGAUCAGGUCAAACAGCUAGCAGCAACAAAAUACAACUACACGUUCGGCAAAGGGGAAGUGGUCUCGACCUUCGUGGCAGCGUUCUACGAUGCUGUACUCCUGUACGCCCUUGCUCUGAACGACACUUUGCAGCAGGCUAACAGCACUUCGGGCCCUUUGGACGGCGCUGCGGUCAUAAAAAACAUGUGGAAUAGAACCUUUCAAGGUAUAACGGGCGAGGUGAUAAUCGACGGCAACGGCGAUCGCGUGGCGUCGUACUCCCUGCUGGAUAUGAACCCAGUAACGAGCAAGUUUGAGGUCGUCGCAACAUACGUGGCAGCAAAUUCUUCGUUACAAUUCAUACCGGACCGCCCUAUACAUUGGGCGGGCGGGCGGCUGAUGCCCCCACCGGAUACCCCCGAGUGUGGGUUCGACGGGUCACUCUGUCCGGAUAAUUCGCUUCCCGUGUACGCCAUAUUGAGUAUCGUCCUCAGCUCCGUGGUCGUCGUUUUGGCAAUAUUAUCAGUAUUUAUAUACAGGCACUACAAACUAGAGGCAGAGAUAGCGAUGAUGACGUGGCGCGUCAGUUGGAGUGACGUCUUGCCCCCAGGAGGGCGGUUGCGCGGGAGCAUGCAUUCGCUGGCUCGAAGGUACAGCUCUGGGACUGCCUACUCAGACGAAGCUACUUCUCUGCCGGGUGAUAGACAAGUGUUCACUCGUCGAGGAUACUACAAAGGCUGCCGAGUUGCCAUAAAGAAAGUGGAUAAACAACGCAUAGACUUGACUAGACCUCUCCUUCUAGAACUAAAAAAGAUGAAAGAUCUGGAACACGAUCACUUGGCAAGGUUUUACGGCGCGUGCGUUGAUCCGCCUCACUGCUGUUUGCUGACAGAAUACUGUCCUAAAGGAUCGCUGCAGGAUAUUUUGGAAAAUGAAACGAUCAAGUUGGAUUGGAUGUUCAAAGUCAGUCUGAUGCAUGAUAUUGUGCGGGGUAUGCAUUAUCUCCAUGGCACCGACAUCAGAUCGCAUGGCGCCUUGAAGUCGAGUAACUGCGUGGUGGAUUCUCGCUUCGUACUGAAGAUCACGGACUUUGGUCUGCACGCUUUGAGGACAUCAGAGAAAGACACAAGAGCACACAGCUACUGGACUCGUCUUCUAUGGACGUCACCCGAACUGCUUCGCCUCCCGGAACCGCCUCCGGAAGGGACCCAAAAAGGGGAUGUUUACUCCUUCGGGAUCAUCAUGCAUGAGAUCGUGAACCGCCAGGGGGCGUUCUGGCUCGGACCAGGAAUCGAGCUGUCACCCAAAGAAAUCAUAGAGACAGUGAUCGCUAGCGGCCUCCGCCCCAACACGUCCCACCACCGGUCGUGCGACGCGGACGACGCGACUGAACUCAUGCGCAGGUGUUGGGCUGAAGAACCGACUGAGAGACCCGACUUCGCGCAUCUGAAGGGCGCUAUUAGAAGGCUUAACAAGACGCAAGAAAGCAGCAAUAUUUUGGACAACUUACUAUCCCGUAUGGAGCAGUAUGCUAACAACUUGGAGAUGUUAGUCGAAGACCGAACUAAAGACUACUUGGAAGAGAAGAAAAAAUGCGAGGAGCUUCUGUAUCAAUUGCUACCUAAGUCAGUGGCCUCUCAGCUGAUCCAUGGCCAAUCAGUAGUGGCAGAAACCUUCGAGCAAGUCACCAUUUACUUCUCUGACAUCGUCGGCUUCACCGCCCUGUCUGCCUCCUCCACUCCGAUGCAGGUCGUGGACUUGCUAAACGACCUGUAUACCUGCUUUGAUUCCAUUGUUGAGAACUAUGACGUUUAUAAGGUGGAAACCAUAGGCGACGCGUACAUGGUGGUAUCGGGGUUGCCAGAACGCAACGGCACGCGACACGCUUGUGAAGUGGCGCGGAUGGCGCUAGCUCUACUGGAUGCUGUCAAACGGUUCCGCAUCAGGCACCGGCCUCAUGACCAGCUCAAGCUGAGGAUAGGACUCCAUUCGGGUCCAUGCGUAGCCGGAGUGGUAGGUCUCAAGAUGCCCCGCUACUGUCUCUUCGGGGACACAGUCAACACGGCCUCCCGCAUGGAGUCCAACGGAGAAGCCUUGAAGAUCCACGUGUCCCCAGACACGAGGGCUCUGCUCGAGACAUUCGGCACCUUCCACCUGGAAUGCAGGGGAGAAGUUGCUAUGAAGGGUAAGGGCAUCCUAAUAACAUACUGGCUGCUGGGAGAAAUUAUAGAUCCAAACGCGCCUAAAGAAAAACCAUCACUUACAAAAGCUCAGACACAAUCAACUGAGAGUUCAGUAUCUCAUCUCACUCCAUUCAGAAAUAGAUUAGACCAAACCUCAAGGUCUUCCAGUAGACGGGGAUCAGGCGUCUUCAUCCAAAAAGGCAACGACAUAGCCAAACUGGAAAAAGAAGCUCAACCUCUCCUGCAAAACCUUAAAAUGCAGAGACAACACUCGGAUCCUGAUCCAGUCACCAACGGAGUGAAUGACAGCGAAGAACUUGACAAAGUUAGUGUAGCCAAUUCCAUAUCACUCAAUGUAAAUUCGCUCAACCACAACUCCGUUAGCCAUAGCCAACCCAGAGUCAAACUGAAGGACUGUCAGAUGAACUCGGUAGGCAAUCACAAGUCGAAUAAAGUAGGUAAUAAUAAUUGGAUCGCUAAAAUGCCGACGGCAAGUUCCUUUGAUAAUGGCACUAAGAAACCUAGUGAGCAUUUGAAAGAUUAUAGUAGUGUGCCGUUACUGUCUAAAUCUGAAACGCUUAAUGAUUCGAUCGUGUGAAUUUUAAGUUAAAUAUACGGUUUUAAGGUUCAUUUCAAAUUAAAUACGAGUCUAUUCCAUUAAGAAUUGACUAAAAACUUUCACACAGGUAUUAUUUGUGUAGCUUAGUCAAGUUUGACAAAAAGAUGAUCAAGGGAGUACUUAAAUUAUUUUAUCAAGAUAAGUUUUGAUUAAUAUGCGGCAAGCACUUCAACCUACCACAAAAUGUAGAAUUUAUCCAAAGGAUUCUAAUUUUUGAACCUUCAGUAUAAGGGUUACAAUCAAUUUCGAUUUUUCGUGUCGUGGUAGGUGAACUGUAUGUACUUAAUAUUGAAAGUCUUGUAAAUACUAUAAGUAUCAAAAUGUCCUAUUUUUUCCACUUCUCGAAAAUUGUUAAAUGUGACCUACUGCAGUUUCUUCUACUUUAUGGUAAAAGUGUAAUUUAAGAGAAAAUAAAAUAGCACAUGAAGAGAGAGAGUAAUUUAAAUGUAAAAUAUUGAUGUUAACAUUAGUUUAACUUAAAUGUCCCAAUUCAAAAAACUUUGUGCUCAUUACUUGUGUAUCAAGUCUUUAGUACAUAAUGUACUUAUAAUAUAUAAGAUAGCUUGUCUCCUAAACAAAUCUUGUGAUACAUUUUCAUUUAUUUGUUUUCAUUUACAUUGUUGCAAUUUUAUGUUUUUGUUUUAAAUUAUAAAAAAAAAACUACAUGGACUGAUUUAACUAUUUCAUGUCAUUUUUAUUUAUUUUCAAUCAUAGUUUUUAAUUCACAUUUAUUUAUCCGCUUGCAGCUGUUAUAUUCCCUUUAAUAUUUAUUUGAAAUUUGUUAUUUUUUUGGGCGUAUUGUAUUCCUAUACAUUCCUGAGCUUCUACGUGUAUACGUAUAUCCUGCCAUAAGUGUGAUACUUAACUAUUUUCACUUCAUUUUUGUUCUUGUAGAAAUUGACAAUUGAAUCGUUAGAAUUAAUUACAUCGUUGUAAUAAUUAAAAUAUUUUCUAAAACUGUGUGUGUAAAAAAUAUCAAGUAUCGAUUGAAAAUUCUUUUAGAAUGAAUUUGCUGUCGAGUUGUAUAAUUUAUUUAUCUUUUUUUUCAUUAGUUACUAUUUGUUAGUAUUGAUAAAUAGGAGAAAAAUCAUUCGUUUAAAGUAUUAUUACCUACUAUCAUGUAAAACAUAUUUUAAAUAAUCGGUAUUUUAUCUAAUAUAACAUCGAUGAGACUAGUGUAAAUAUAGUUUGUUUAUUUAUUGUAAAUAUUAAUGUUUUUAAUGUAACGAUGUUGUGAUUUUAGUGAAGAGGUACUCUGAAAUCUGUAUUUAUAAUACGUAGACGUUUACGAGAUGAAUUUUAAUGUUUCAAAGACGUUAUAGCAAAUAAAAAGAGUGAGAAUUAA